GGUGCCGAAUAAUUCAGGGGUGCCGAAUAUUUCACUACAGGAUGCGGCGCUGACAGUCAGAGGUGGUGCACCAAGAGGUUAAUAACAGGUGUGAAAUGCAAAAGAAGCUAGAGCUCAUAAAGAGUAGGUUCUUGUGAGAUAUGAUAGAGGAAAUGGAAUCACAGGAGAGAAGCUCCGGAUGUGAUUGAGAGAUUAGUUAAGCCAGAAAACACUACUAGGAGAAGAGCUCCGGAUGUAGUGGAGAAGAGCGAACACUACUAGGAGAAGAGCUUUGGAUGUAGUGGAGAAGAGCGAAUUUAUUGGGAACACGCACGUGAGCUUGAGACAAUCUAUCUAUCUUCUCCUCAGCCUAGCAUCCUCACUCGAUUCCGCCAAAUUAUCCUCAGUUUAUUCUUACAAAAUUGAAAUAAAUUUUCUACUACAAGUUUGUGUUUUUAUUGGGAACUACAGCAAUUAAUAUGUCUAUUAAUCAUUACAUGCCAUAGUUUGAUCUAUUGUUAAAGGUUCCCUCCGACGUUUUAAUGAUGCUACCUAAUUAAGUUCUAUUCAUAUAAGUAUUUAAGAAAAGAACAUUCGUUUUUUACAGAAAAGUUUAGUACAGCAAAUAAUUGUAAAUAAACUUUCAAAUUUUGAGCUACCUCACUUCAUGCGGCUUUAUCAUGCUCACGCUUCUUCUCGAACUUUGAAAUUCAUAAUGGCUGCAUAAUUGACGUCACAAGGACCAAAGAAUUAUAGGAUGCCUUACGGUGAUAUAUUCUACUGACUAAAUCGUGUUUAGAAUGCCUUGUUGAUAUGUUUCGAAGUAUUAAAUAUUUAUGAGAUAUAGAAGAUUCAUUAGCACUAGAAAAAAAUUUUGUUGUUUGCUUAAUGCAGAAUUAUUUGUUUUCUUUUAAAAGCAACACGUUUGUUAAGUAAUGUAAUCUUCGGAUGAGUCGGAAUCAAAAUGUUCUAACUUUGUACUUGGCUUCCAGUUUAAACCUACACGUAGGGGGGAUUUAUCGGAGUCAUCGUGGGUGACAUAUGACAGUGAUAACGAUGGGGAAAUAGCAGAAUUAAGGAUUAGCCUUCACGCUACGUCGCGGUGUAAAUGCAACAAUUGCCCUCAAAUGAGCACUGAAAAUGAAUGUUUUUGCUGUCACAAACUGGAAUCAAGACAUAUAUAUAACCUACAAGGUGUGUACUUUUUAGCAGGAUAUACGAAACAUUAUAUGCUGAUUAUUAAGUUAUUAAAAAUAUAUUCUUUAGAAAUAAACUGUAUAGUCAAUCACGAAGAUUUCGACCCGAUUGUUUUAAGGAAAGGAAAUCUCUGGACUGCUUUGGUUGGAAUGUAUGAUAGAGAAUCGACAUAUCUUCCUCCAAGAAAUGACGUUCCCAAUAAAACAUAUUGCUAUGCUGCUUACCGACAGUUCACGUGGUGGGUUCACAACAGACUUGGCAAAUCUGUGCUAAGGGUCAUCCCGUCAUGUGCAGUGAAAAAAAUUUGUGAUGCUUAUCCAGAGCCUGACGGGGUAUACACAGGAUAUAUGGAAGGGCAUGUAGUUCCUGAAAAUGAGUUAACAUGGGUUUUCCAUGAUGCCGAAAAUGUAUUUUAACUUAAUUAAAAAAAUAAAAAAAAAUAAAAAAUAAUAAGUACAAA